CCAUGACAACCAGCGAGCGGGCAGACGCCUCUCCCUCGCAAUGAGUGCCGGACUGCUGCAGCAAGAAAACCCCAUCAAACUCAGUACAGAUGGAGAAGAGGUUGAACAAACGGCCGAUGAAACUAAGGAGGAGACUCAGGACGACCUGGAGAUCAUCAACGACGCCAUACACAUGAGCGGCGGCGACGAAGAUGAGGACGACGAAGAAGAAAUGACAGACAGAGAGCGGGGCGAGAAGAUCAUAGACAUUCUCAUUCCCCCAAGCGAAUGGGAGGAGGACGGAGAAAGGUGGAUACAAAGGGUAUCACGGGCGCCUCCCAGCAGAACAGCUGUUAUACAACUGUGGGAACAGCUCGACCUCAAAAUCCGAGAGCAGCAGGCGAGAACGCGGGGUAUUUGUGCCAUUCGUGGCGCCCUCUAUCGAGAAUGCUUCGACGAACUCAUUCGGCAAGUGACGCUUGACUGUCCUGAACGUGGAUUGCUUCUGUCAAGAGUGCGCGAUGAGGCCAACAUGACCAUCGCGGCUUUCCAGUGCCUUUUCGAGAGCGCGUCUGAGUUUGGCGCCACAAAAGCCAUUCAGUCAGAGAGCGGCAAGUGGGAGCUGGAGGGCGAGCUGCGAGAACUGGAGGAGCGAGUGGCAGGCCUGGAGGCGGAGGUGCGGCGCCUGGAAGCUUGGAAGAGGCAGGUGGUGCGGCGAUGGGAGGAGCGUCGGGAGGUGCAGAUGACUCUCUUCACCGAGGAGCUCGAGUGCCUUGAGCGGUCGGAGAAGCAGUAUCAGGUUCUGAUUGAAACCUUACUUGCCAGCAGGAAUUCCUAGAAUAUUUGCACAUUUUGAAUAUUCGGAAUAACACACAAAUGCACUACGUAAAAGAAAAUGCCACGAACCAGUUACUAAUUCUGGGCACUGUUCUGAUAUUUGCUAACGUCUAUAAUAACAAAAAGAAUCGUCCACAGAAUACCGCUGUAAAAGAUGCACAGAGCUUUAGCAACUCAGCAUCUCUAAAGGCCCCAACCCAUUAUAUUCCUUUUGAAUCAAGAAACCCAACAACCGUCCUUUUUAGUGGAUCACUGAAAGGUCAUCAUUUCUGAAGAUCUUUGUGACCCCAUGCAGACAGGUUUCCUCUCGCCUAGACUACUGUCCUUACACUUCUUAGUCCACAACGGGUGAGGACGUCUUAAUACUUACAGAUCUGAGACUAAAGAAGGACAAAACAACUGUUGAUCCUCAAAUCAGUGUAUGCGCUUGUGCAUUUGGAUUGUUUCAAUGACCUGACACUGAUUAAGAAGGGCUGAAGGGGUGGUAACUUCAGCUUUCCCACUUCCCCUAACUUUCAAGUUGGCAUAACCUCCUACUUGGUCGGAACUAGAUAUGCAAGGUAUGCAUUAUUCAGAUACGGCGAAGCGGGCAUGGCAAGUCUAUAGUCACCUAAGAAUAAAAUACUGAACUGCACAAAAUAAUAUCAUAUGUUAUAUUAUCUUAUAGUAUUAUAUGUUUCAGUUAAUGAUUCUGAAAUAGAUAUUUUAUUUAAAUCCUUAUAUUUUUAAAAGUUUACUUAUUAAUUUUACACGGAAAUUCGUUUGAAACUAUCCGUCCCUCAAAUGCCUAGGAGCAUUAGGGAAAAAUAUAGGGUUUUAGUGCAAAUGUAAAGACGUGUGACCUGAACAACAUAUCGAAAGCCCCCUUGCCUCCUGCGCUUACGUUAGCUGCCAUAUUGGAAAAUGGUCGCUCAAAAGGAAUUCUCUUAAAAUUCAUUUUAUAAAAUAAAAAAACACCACUCAAUAAAAGUUGCUUAAAA